CAACCUGGCCAGAAUCUUUACAGUCCGUUCGGCCUGUCUGCUUGGCUGUCCUAAGUAAAACGUCCUACGAACUGGUUGAAAGCCCUAAUCCGUCAAUUUAGAAGAUACUCGACGAGAAUGGCAUCCAGUGUCCUACCCACUUUCCCGGUGACCGUGGAAGACAUACCCUAUAUUAAACAGCUAUUUGAUUUGGCCCUUCUGGAUUUGAAUCAGUCAGGCGUUCUUAGGGAAUUUGCGGCCGGAUACUGCUAUUCCGUCGAGUAUACUGAAUCUGAACUUUUCCGGUCCAGCGUUGGCAUUAAAGGCAAUCUCACUGCAUUUUUAGUAAACAGUAGAUGCGCCAAGGUUGUCCAGUUUUUCGCCAAGCUAACACCCUUGAAAGGCGUCAGUACAAACAAUCCGCACCGAAAAACGUUGGUGCUCUUCUUCAAAAAGGAAAUGUUGGUCUACGAGACGCUCCUUGAUACUCUCCACGACCAUCAACACCAGGAGGACAGAGGGCCGAUAAUGAGCGCCUUUGAGUACAAAAAACUGUUCCCACGAUGCAUCGGAUGGUGGCCAAAACCGGAAGAGUAUGCAUUCGGCGUCAAGGCGCUUCUCUUGUUCGAGACUCUGAAAGAAUCGUUCACUCACAUCGAUGCUUUAACGGGCUUCGCAAUAGAACCAGCCCAAUUGGUUGUGAGAAAGCUGGCAGUUUUCCAUGCCGUGGCGCUGAGUUGCAAGCGCCAGCGGCCAGAAAAGUAUGCUCCUGUGGCCGAAAUUGUAGAUUCCGUCCCAAUGGAGCCGACCUACACCUCCAAGGACGUGAAGAACAUCAUGCGCAGGGUGAAAAAACAUAAGGAUCUCGCCCCGCAUUCGGCCCAGAUCCUAGCGGCUCUCAGCAAGUCCCAGGAAGCUGCGGGAAUUGAAGAACUAAAUGAGGAUUGGGUGGGCAUGUGUCAUGGCCAAGUCUGCGUCUUCAAUUUAAUGUUAGAGCACGAUGAGCUUGGCAGCAUUACAGACAUCAAAAUGCUUGACCUGCGCCACCUCAAACAUCAGCACAUCACAUCAGAUCUGGUUUACUUCUUGAUGACAUCGCUAGCGGAGGGCGUUCUCAAAACCAACCUCAACUCCAUCUUGACGACGUACCAUGAGACGCUCUCGAUCGAACUAGAAAUGUACAAGAUGGACCAGACCAGCUUCAAGUUCGAUAUUUUCAAACAACAGGUUUAUCGGAUGUUCCAUCUCCAGCUGCUACAUUGUGUGUCGCAGUUGAAGUUCUUCGCUCCCCUGCCAGAGGCGAUCAACGAACUGAGAACGCUCUCAGUCUGGCAUCCUUGCUCAGGCUCGUACGUGACCAACAAAGUAGACAAGCCCACCUACAACGAGCUACUCAAGCGUCUAUGUCUAGCCUUCAUAGACACAAAUGAGUUCCGAACCAUCCUGGACUAAUUUGGGGACUGUAGUACCAGUGACGCCAGAACAGUCGAAAACUGGACAUCCCCGUAGCAUCUGCGCGGGAUUCACCUCAUUGUUCGUAGCACCAAUUUUAUUUAGGUAUGAAUGUAUGAUGAAUGAGAGUAUGGUGUUUCACGUAUUGUUUUAACUUGCGUGACUCACAAUGCACGUUUCCUCAUCAUGUACAUGGUGUGGCUCAGCAAAAGUAUGGCCGUUGCUCUACCAUGUACCGGUCAGGAAACGGCAUCCAGCGAAUGUGAUUUGUGUAGUUGUAGGCAACAUGUAUCAUCACUUUUUUACUGCAGCAGAACAUGGGUGUGCCUCAAUGUUGGAUUACUGAGUAGAAUAUAAAGGGACAGCAACACCAAGCCCACUAGGCUUCCAUAAGUUGCCUGUAUUUCUCGCAAAGACACCGUAAGAUUCAACAAUCGACUAUGUUUUUGCCACAAAUUAACGGCUUGCACCACCAUCACUCAGGCCAUUUAGAAAUACUCAUGUUUUGCCGCAUUUUGGCACCUUGCAUAAGUAAAUGUUCAGCGUGCAAAAUCAAAGUUGCAUGGUAAAUGGUUCUAUGAUGCACAGAUACAUUGAUAUUUCGUUCCGGCGGAUUUUUAAUGUUCAAUUAAAGAUCGGCUAUAAAAAAGAUUUGUUUCCUUUAUCCCCAGUUUACAUCGAUUUGACCUUUCAGGGCAAGUUUUCCGAAAUGUUAUUAAUUACUUAAUUCGUCAAAAUAAUGACGAGUAUGGCGAUAAGUGAUGUUAGCGUAAGCGCUCUGAUGGGUGCAAACAGUCUCAUUUGUGAAGUGUUUCGUGAUUAGUGUUGGAUUUUCAUUCACAAUGAUCGCCCUCAAAAAUCUACUGGUCCUUCUGCUGGCGCUGCUAAUCGGCCGAUCAACGGCACGCACCUUGACCUAUGAUAUUUAUGGCAACUUGAUCAUGGACAAGGAUGGCCGGUACCCAUCGUCCACUUGUUGCAUGGUGCCCACAUGUAAUCGACCAGAGCAGUGCUUCGAAAUGACCAGAUGUGAUUAUCUGUGCAAGACUGGAAAGUAUCCACCGGCUGAAGUUGACUACACUCCUGGCUACCAGCUGAAGAAGAGCUAUCUUCGCUUUCAAUGCAUGUUUGGGGAGUGCAAAAACUACGAGAUGAGUUGCCGUCAUUGUCAGGCGCCCAACGAGAGCGACUUUAACAUUGUCAUGGUGCGAGAAGACUGCAAAGAGUGUUACCAGCAGGUCCAAUAACGCCCUCUUCGAGCAUGUGCACUUGUAGAUUGUUUGCUGUGAACUCACUGUGUAUGUUUGGUUUAAACAAGCGCAAUAUCAAGCGAUGCGACCUUUGAUUUGAUCGACGCUACUGAAUAGCCAAGCAAACAUGUUGUUGUUGUUGUUUGCACAAGAAUCCAGUAAAUAUUUUGAUGUUCACCCGGUGCAAUACAUGUUGCGUAUAUUCCGACUCGUCUGUGAUUAAAGUUUUCCACCAGUAAA